GAAACUUAAGCAAAGUAUCUGUAUCUACCAAGAAUUAAAACUGUUCAAACUCCCUUUUGCCUUAUAUAUAAACACUUUAAUUAACGAAGUGACAUCAAUAAAAUCAUCAUGAAGAUUGACAAAGAAAUCUUUCAUCCUAUCCACCCACAACACAAACUGAAGCUCGAAUACACAGAGAUCCCAUUCAACUGUGAUGGCUGCAAGGAAGCCGGCAUUGGGUUCAAAUACACUUGCAGGCGAUGCGAGUUCGACUUGCACAAGGCUUGCGCCGUGGCAGAUCAAACCUUCACUCACCCUUUCUACAGAAAAUGCGAUUUCGAAUUCCACUAUCAGCCCCCGGGUCGAGAAAUGAGGUACUGUGAUGCAUGUGGAAAUGAUGUUCUCGGGUUUGUUUACCACUGCAAGAGAUGCGGGUUUGAUAUGCAUCCUUGUUGCGCGAAUCUUCCUCAAGUCCUUGACGACGGGGAGCACAAUCUCUACCUCUGUUUGAAGCUGUCUAGCUCGUGCCAUCGGUGCGGGGGCAAAGGCCCCGGAUGGUCUUACAGGUCCAAGUGUAAGAGUUAUAAUCUUCACGUGUCGUGUGUUAAGGAGCUGCUGGUCGAGAGUUGGCAAGCCAUGUAUUUGAAUGUGGAUAAGAAUAAAGUCAGGGAGAUGCAGACAAGGAUUCCUACUCUUAAAGGGACGUUGAAGAAUCAUCAUGGACGAAGAGGGAGAGGUGGUGGAAAGGUGAAGAAGUGUUGUGAAAUGGCUGGUGGUGCCGUCCGUCUUAUUGUUUCUGCCAUUCUUGGUGAUCCUACUACUUUGAUUGCAGCCGUCAUCGGUGGGUUCAUGUCCAAGUAAUACAAAUAUAUCAUCGAAUUAACAUAUAUAUAUAUAUGCAUGUUGUCGUACGUGUAUGUUGUCGAUUUUAUGUUUGUUAAUUAAUUUAUGGUUGUGUGCAUGAUCAUUAGGGCCUAUAUUAUACACGAGAUCGUCCAAAGCAUAAUAUUUUCCACGGCUAGUCUU